CACUGACCGUUCUCCUUGGCUAAAGCGAGGAAGGAGAUGGCCACCUAUUUCACGCUCAACACCGGCGCCCGCAUCCCCUCGGUGGGGCUCGGCACCUACAAGGCCGGCCCCGGCGUCGUCGGCGACGCGAUCGCCGCCGCCGUCAAGGCCGGGUACCGGCACAUCGACUGCGCGCGCCUGUACAACAACGAGAAGGAGAUUGGUGUUGCUCUGAAGAAAGUCUUCGAUGACGGCGUCAUCAAGAGAGAAGACAUGUUCAUCACCUCCAAGAUAUGGUGCAGCGACCUCGCACCCGAAGACGUUCCGCUGGCAAUCGAAAGCACUCUGAAUGAUUUGCAGCUGGCUUACCUUGAUCUGUAUCUGAUUCAUUGGCCCUUUCAGAUAAAGAAAGGCAGUGAAAUUAGUCCUGAGAACUUCGUCCAGUUUGAUAUGCCCAAGACUUGGCAAGCAGUGGAGAAGCUGUACGAUUCAAGCAAAGCUCGCGCGGUCGGCGUGAGCAAUUUUACGACGAAGAAGCUGGCCGAUUUGCUUGCUAUAGCCCGUGUUCCUCCCGCCGUAAAUCAGGUGGAGUGCCACCCCGGCUGGCAACAGGCGAAACUCAGAGCGUUCUGCCACUCCACUGGAUUUCAUUUCUCUGCGUAUGCGCCUCUGGGAAGGAUGAAAGUUGUAGCGAAUAAUCCGGUGGUGACAUCAAUAGCCGAGAUCUUGGGGAAGACCCCGGCGCAGUUUGCUCUACGGUGGGGAAUUCAACAGGGUCAGAGCGUGCUUCCUAAAAGUGCCAAUGAGUCAAGGUUGAAGGAGAACAUUGACCUGUUUGGUUGGUCUAUUCCUGACGAACUGUGUGCCAAGUUUUCUGAAAUUGAACAGGUUAAGCAAAUCAGAAACGAUUCAUUUGUGCACCCUCAGAGUAUGUACAAAACAAUUGAGGAGCUGUGGGAAGGUGAGAUCUAAACGAAAAUCAUCACCGUUAUGAAAUCAAAUCCGUGACCAGAGUUGACAUUCAUGCCAUGAAAUUGGCACACUUUUUACCUUUGGAGGGGAAAAAUAACGAAAUAGGAGGCAUCAUGCCAUCGUUGUGAAGUUCGUUCAGAAAGAAACGAACAUGGUGCGGAUUCUGUUGCAUUUUUGACAGGAUUAAGUCAUGUCAGUAUUGUUGCAUGGUCUUCCUGAAGAUCCAGUGGUGAAGGCUAGGAACAAAGCAUAGGAAGCCAAGGAAGCCGACCCGGUGACGGUACUUCAACUAAUAAAGAAAGAGGCCGACUUGCGUUUUAGGGCCUGUGGAACCCCGGUGAUCUCUAGUUUCUGAUGUUAUGCUGCUUACUUCUGUUGCCACGAGAGUAUCCAAGUCUUUUAUGUAAUAGAACAUAUGUAAAACUCUGUAUUCUUCUCCUUCUAAUAUGAUGUGGCAGUGCUCCUGUUGUUU